AUCAUCAAACAGUAACAAUUUCGAGUUAGAGUGAGACGUGACUGUUGACGUUUUUUUUUUAUCAACGCAAGAUCACCGGACGAUUUACGGUGCAAUCAAUUACACCGCAAAACAGUGACAUGGAGCUCAACAAGGCGGUGGCCGUGGCGGCGGCGGCGAUGGUCGCCGUGGUGGCAAUGGUGGCGGCGCCGGCGUCGGGGCAGGCGGUGGCGGCGUCGUGCACGGCGUCGCUGAUCACCAGCUUCACGCCGUGCUUCAACUUCAUCACCAGCAGCAGCGGCGGCGGCGGCGGCAACGGCACGGCCGCCGGCGGCGGCGCGCCGACGGCGGAGUGCUGCCAGUCGGUGGCGGCGAUGAUCAACACGAGCGCCAGCUGCGCCUGCCUCGUCCUCACCGGCAACGUGCCCCUCGGCAUCCCCAUCAACCGGACGCUAGCCGUUACAUUGCCUAAAGCCUGCAACUCCAUGUCUGUUCCCCUCCAAUGCAAAGAUACAUCAGCUCAGAUUCCAGCUGCAGGAGUACCCGUUGCAGUUUCUCCGGCCAUGCCACCACUGCCGCCAAGUCCGCCGGAGUCGACGGCCGGUGCCGGAUCGCCGACGGCGACGGCCACGCCGCCGGCGACGAGCCAGACGCAGACGAGGCCGCAGGUGGUGCCCAGCUCUGCACGGAGGGUCGCCACCAAUGCCGGUUUUCCUGCGUUUCUGCUGCUGCUAGCUGCCAUGCUGUUCUGAAAGCCUCAACUUCUCAUCAUCAGAUUAUUCAUUUGGCUGUUGGUUGAUUGACCAAUCGAUUAAAUUAGUUUGUGUUAUUUUGCUAUAAUUUUUGUGGCGUGUUUGAGUGUAUCUGUGUAUGUGCUGUUGUUUUGAUUUGUAUAGGAGAAUUUGUGUACGGAUUGGUGCCAUUGUGUACCAGUGGCUUGGAUUAUUGGUUGUACUGAAAUUCCAUUCUUUUGUGGGAAGUCAUGAGCUGAGUAAUAUUAUAGUAGACAUUAUUUGGUGUCUUCA